AUAAGCCAAAUAUGCUACCUCCUUUCUCGGUCUAUAUUUGAUAUUUCUGUAUUUCAAAUCUACUUUGGGAAAUUCAAGCUUACAACUAAACUUAUUUAAAUUGAAAUUCCCUCAUAAAGAAAAGCAAAAUGAGAUUUCAUCAAGCAGAAAAAGUACCAAAACCAAAUUUGAGAAAGGGAUUAUGGUCACCUGAAGAAGAUAAUAAGCUCAGAAAUUAUAUCCUUAAAUAUGGUCAUAGCUGCUGGAGUUCUGUUCCCAUUAAGGCAGGUUUGCAAAGGAAUGGAAAGAGUUGCAGAUUAAGGUGGAUUAAUUACCUAAGACCAGGAUUAAAGAAAGGUGUUCUUAGCAAAGAUGAGGAAGACACGAUUAUUACCCUUCACCACAUGUUAGGCAACAAGUGGUCUCAGAUAGCACAACAAUUACCAGGAAGAACUGAUAAUGAAAUAAAAAAUUAUUGGCAUUCAUAUUUGAAAAAGAAAGUGGUCAAAACUAAGGAAAUUGAUCAAAUUCAAUAUGCUAGCUCAAGUUCAGAUACAAUGGAUUCUUUACUCUCAACACAAAAAACUACAAAUCAAGAUCCUAAUAGUUUGUUGUUAGAAAACAUUGAGAAAUCAGCAGGCAAUGAAGUUUGUGAAAGCUCAUUACCAAAACUUUUAUUUGCUGAGUGGCUUUCAUUGGAUCAUGCAAAUUCAGGUUAUUCUUUUGUCUUGCCAAAUGGCUAUGAUCAAAAUUCAAAUUUUCAAGAAAAUGUUAUGCAAUUGCCAGAAGGAAAGGUUGGUGAAGAAGAACAGUAUCAUGAUAGUUUGAUUCAAAAUCUAGACAAUGAGGUUUAUUAUUCAUCACAACUACUUCAAAUGUCAAAUCACUUGGAUGGAAAAGAAUUGGAUCAUUAUAUGAACAAUGGUGGAAUGUACAUGUGAGGAACAAGCUAGAUUACAAGGCUGCUGAAAAAGCCUUUGAAUUUAAAUUUAUUGAAUAAUUAAUACCGUAAAUAAAAAAGAAAUAUAUGAAAUUAUUCUUCAAACUGUUCAAUAAUGUGUGUAUUUAACUCAAAUUAAUUGAUUAAAUUCAGUUACAAGUGUAUUUAGUUGUUGUUGUUAUUCUUUUAGAGUUGUUUAGACAUGCUCAUGUAAAUUUGUUUCAAAUUAAGGAAUUCAUGAAUA